AUUCAAUACGUACUCACAGACGUUCCAUAACCCAGUCGCGAGCCCCUUGACUCGUUGACAUUGGAAUAGAACGUGGACAGAAGUACUUCACUCGGUGCUUGUUUUGAUCUUUUGUUAUCACGCUCCACGUUAUAUAUCAGGCGGGAUGGGGGCCUCGACUUCAACACCUGCUGCUCCCACAGUUCAAGCAGAGGCAAUGGUUGCUACCCCUCCUCAAGGCUGUCCUAUGCACAAAGAAAAUCAGUCUGUUAAAGUAGUCUCCCCCCCGUCAGAGUGUCCCAUGCAUCAAGCUAAGCCAGUUAUAGUGUCUCCGCCUUCGGAGUGUCCGAUGCACAAGGCCGAAGCCGGCCCAGUUCACCAGGAUCGGGCCUAUGAAUUUGUGGAGUGUCCCAUGAAAGCUGCAGCUGGCAAUAAUGACAUCGACCCAGCAAAUAUGAUGCCUCCUCCAAACCAAACGCCGGCCCCAGACCAACCCUUCAAGUUAUCCCUCGCCAGAGAAGAAUCGACGAUUCCCCGCCAUGGCACCGAAAAGCACUGGGUGUACCCAUCCGAACAGAUGUUCUGGAACGCCAUGCUGAGGAAGGGGUGGCGCUGGCGCGAAGAUGACCUCGCUGCUGCCGACAUGGGCAACAUCAUCAAAAUCCACAACAAGAACAAUGAACAAGCCUGGCAGGAGAUCCUGAAGUGGGAGGCGCUGCAUGCAGGCGAAUGCCCAUGUGGUCCAAUGUUGAAGCGGUUCGGCGGUAAAGCCAAAGAGUACUCGCCGAGGGCUCGCUUCCGCCAUUGGAUGGGCUACGAGCUGCCCUUUGACCGUCAUGACUGGAUCGUCGACCGCUGCGGAAAAGAGGUGCGCUACGUCAUCGACUAUUAUGACGGAGAAAUCGACAAAGAAACGUACCAGUUCUCCAUCCUGGAUGUCCGCCCGGCCUUUGACUCCUUAGGUGCCGUCUGGGAUCGUAUGAAAGUGGCCUGGUGGCGAUGGACCUCCUGAAGAACUCUUGCAUGAACUUGAAACACACACACACACACACACACACGUUGCUCAUUUCUGCUCUUUGCAAGUUUUGUGGUGCUGUGUGAAGAGAAUCCGCUUUUUGGAAAUAAUCAUGGCUUGUAAGAAACUCAACUGCAGCUAAUUAUGGAACUGUUUUUUUUUUUAACAGGAUAUGCAUCUUAAAUUUUUUUUGUGUACAAAUUACCUCAAACUCUUACAUAAACUACACAACAUCAAAUGCUCUGUAAUAAAUAGUUAUUGAUUGAUUCAUGUCAAAGUACCUCUCAGUGUUUGGAGACCACUGUUUUACGUGAAUGAAUGUACUGUAAUACUGUAACGGAAUACAAAUAUCCACAAACCUAUUG